AUGAAGGCUACUCUGCAAUCACUUGUGGCCUUUGCUUCCAUCCUUUCCAUAGCUUUGGGAAACUGUAACCAACCAGCAUGCUCUGUCGGAGUUGUCGAAACGUACGACACGAGCUUUUGUGUGGGGAGGGUUCACCGAGACAAAAAGUGGGGACAGCCAGGAGUAUUUCAAGGCGAUUCCAACCAUUGGGACUGGGAAGUCCAAACGGACACAUAUAAAAUCAACAUCUGGGACAACGGCUUGGUUACGUUUGGUUAUGGGCAGGGCCAUAAAGCCUGUGUUAUGCAAAUCACCACCGCUAACGGUCCGGUUGAUGUCAUGCUUCCGCCCAACAACGCCGGCGUUGAUCCGAAUUGGAAUGGGGUAGGAUGUUGCCUGCCCCCAAGCCUUACAUAUGGUAUCCAAAGCGUGUGGGUAUGGAAUUGA